AUGAACGUGAGCUAUCAGCACUUUGUGCCCGGUGCUCCUCCACGCUACACUCCCGAAUCUCCUCACACUAUUCAGACUUCACCAGCACAGGUUGAAGCGGGUCCAUUGCCACCAAAAGUCGACCAUCCCGAAGUGGCCAUACUCCAUGCUGAAUCGCUGAUGGCUCCGCCAGUGAAUCCUCCGCCGUCACCAGUAAGCAAACCCGCACUACCGGCACAAUUUCUCCGUGUGGAGGGACCACCCGAAUACACAGAGACGCCUGGUCCAUCGGAAAUCACAUACGUGACACAAACGAAACCCUCUGAAAACAUGGAGGAGGUCGACCUCAACGAAAUCAGGUCUCCUUCACGAGUGAAUCUUCUCGAUUAG